CAGAUCGCAUUCUACACUGACAGAGAGCCUGGGGAGGUUUUAUUCCAUGUCAAUUAGACAUUUGCUCAGAUUGGUUUGGCCGCGAGAGGGGAAAGUUCUAUAGAAGAAAGACAGAAACAUGUAUAAAACAACCUAUUUGCACAAAGUGCACAAGAAGAAAUAUGAAAGAUCUGAUGGACUUGAUGAGCAAAGUCUGGUAGAUUUUAGCAACCUUGGCAUAGAUCAGGCUCAAGGCCUAGGAAACCUGCAGGAUCUAAAUGAAAGGUUUGCCAAUUAUAUAAACCGGGCUAGGGUGCUAGAACAAAGAAAUGCCAUCUUCAGGAAGCAGCUGGAGACGUUCCAGAGAAUGGAUGAAAUGUCUGGCUUGGAGGAAGCAUUUGCGGAACAGAUUGAGCUGAAUCGGCAGAGAAUUCGGGAGUUAUCCUCUGAUCGAUCUAAACUUGAACGGGAGUAUAAGGAUGCCCAAAGAAUGGUUGAUGAAUUUAAAACCAAAUACAGAAAUGAAUUUGAGUACCAGCAGCUUCUCAAAGACAAUCUAGAACGUCUUAACAAGGAAGCUGAUGAAGCCUUACUAAGUAAUCUUGAACUUCAAAUUGAAUCUCAGUUCCUGCAAGAUGAUAUUAAUGCAGCAAAGGACAGGUACAAGAAGAAUCUUAUGGAAAUUCAGACCUAUGUCAACAUAUUGCAACAGAUUAUCCAGACAACUCCUCCCGUGAAAGCUAUUACAGCUGGCAUGUAUGAGGAAAAGUUGCUAUCUGAAAGAAGGAUUCCCAUAUUACAGACUCAACUCGAGGAAUAUAAGAGUAUCCUGUGCCAACUGCAAGCUCAGAAGUCUAAACUUCAGUCUGACACUACCAUGCUAGAUCAAGCCAUUAAGAACACGCAGGAGAGUUACGAUGAUGAGAUACAGCUAUACAAUGAACAGAUUGAAGUUCUAAGGAAGGGCAUUGACGAAGCUGAAAAUAAUUUAGAGAAGUAUACAAAUGAUUGCCGUCAGCUAGUGAUAUAUCAACAGUCCUUGGAAAAUGAGCUGGAGAGAUACAAACGUAUCAUUGAAAAUGAAGAUAACAGACUGAAUUCUGCAAUAGUUGGAACUCCAAUUACACUGAUCAUGCAAAGCUACAAAUCAUCUCAAAGGUCGCCAACAAGAGGGAAAGAUAUAACUCUGGCCAUACAAGACAUUGCUACUGCAAAACCCAGACAAAAAGGUGUCACACGUAAAACAUCAAGAAAGAAAGAAAUAUCAAUGGAUAAGGGUGAGAUUAGUACUGAAGAUAGAGCAAUUGAGCAAAAGCAAGAUAGUUUAGACACAGAACAGUCAGAAUUUAAAUAUGAUACUUUUUCAUAUCGGGAAACUGAGAACGAUUUUGAUUUAAAUGAGAGGGAUGUACUCCCAGAGGAUGUACCGGAUGGAGCACAAAUAAGUAAAGCAUUCGAUAAACUAUGUAAUAUUGUAAGAGGUAGAAAAAGAGGUUACACAAAGCCAGAGCCUUCUCCAGAUUUGUUCACCAAGGGACGCUAUGUGCUUGUAACUGGGGAGUCAAGUUAUUUAGACCCUUGCUUCAUGUCAUCUAUACCACAGGCAGGAGGAAGGGUUACUGUUAGUAUUAUCCAUGAUGUUACACCAGGGGAUGAUGUUGUGUUACCAAUUCCUGAAUUACCUGAGCCUUCAGAAUCUUCAGAGAGUGGGGAUGAUGAAUCUGGCUCUGAAGAUAAACAAGAGGAUGACCCAGGUAAUGAGGAAACAAAAAAGGAGGAUGGCGAUGGCAAAGGUGAUCACAGAGGCAAAGAGCCAGAAGAUAAAAAGAAGCCUCCAGUUGACCCACAAGCAGAAGAUUCACAGUCGCAUGGACUCCGCUCCAGUUCUGAUUCAGGGAACCUUAGCAGAUAUGGAAGGGACAGUGAUCAUGAUAGUGGGGCUGACAGUUUAAGAUCUUUAAGGACGAGAAAUUUUCCAAGUUCAAUGAGUUAUGAGAAAGUUGAAGUGGUAGAAUCGAUUGAGAAGUUCUCAGAUGACAGAAUUAAGAGUUAUGAAGAAACAGCUGUGAUUGUAGAGACCAUGAUUGAAAAAACAAGGAAAAAGUAGAAUCCAAGAAACAUACUCUUAAAAUACAGACGAUGUCUCCUCUGAUAACAUAUUGUAUUGAUUUUUAUCAGUGAGAUGUGUUUGACAUACAAUUUACGUAUGAUAUUGAACUAUUUAAGUAAAGUGCCAGGGACUGAAAUUAAAUACAAUGCAUUAGUGAAUACACAAUUUAGAAUUUUAUGAUAAAAACAAAAAAAAAUGUGCAUUGGUUACUGGAAAGCAGUAAUAUAUUUGUAAUGAUUAUUAAAUAACAGUAUAAACCUGCUAAGAUAUCCAUAGACAGCUUACCUACUGUUCACUAAUAACAAGCCAAGAUUAAGGUUUGCCAAUGAUAUGUUAGCUGCUCAGUUAAUUGAUGUGGAUGUAAGACUGUUUCAUUUGGCUAAUUUGCAUUCCAAUAAAGAUUUGGCUUUUUGAGCAUUA